AGUUUUGAAAAAUUAUUCAAACAUGAAUAUUUGCUUUGUAGCUAUAGUACUUUUUGGAUUAGUACUAACUUGUACAUCGGAUAAGAAAUGCGUUACGCAAGUUAAUUUUACCUAUCAUGUGUGGAUCGGAGAUGACGUUGAUACGCAAUAUGAAAUAAAUCUGACAGCUCCCUCAGGAAGUCAUUUCAUUGAUGCGAUGUUCCAAGCAGCGGGAUUGGACCAAAACUUUGCAUUCGACUUCAUCCAAUAUGAUUUUGGAAAAUUCAUUACAACAAUCGCUGGCGUAUCUAAUAAUGAAGCAACUUCUCAAUUUUGGAUGAUCUACAACCUUCCAUUCGUUCCCAAUACAGGCAACCCUCCUGGUGACGAAUAUCUUUCACCAGUUGGUGUUGAUCUUAUUGAAGUUCAGGAUGGAUAUCAUUAUCUGUUCUGGUAUCGCACCGUCGAUCUUUCAACCCAUACAUAA